AUGGUGAAUUACCCCAUGAAACCGCCUCGAAUAGAAGACGGCACGCUGUGCAUGCUCGGCGCUCGCACGCACAGCAGCUGCACGCUGCACCUGCCUCCCACCCCACCCAUCGCACCCUCUUCCUUAGACUCGCGGAUUCAGUGUCAGGAGCAGCAGCAGCAGCAGCAGAAUGGGGGGUUACCUCAGCCACAGGAGCAUCGCAAUCAGUCAGUUUUAGGGUCGGGAGGGUCCACGUGGCCUGUCGUCCGCUCCGGCUUUAGCGCGGAUAAAGGCGGCCGGCAGCGGAUGGAGGACGCCCACGUGGCGGUAGAUGAUUUGUCACAGGCUAUUGGUGACGUGGCUGUUGCGCAUCCGCGAGCUUUUUACGGGUCAUUCUCGUUAACUUAUCCGUCGUUUAACAUCCCUCCCGUCUCGUCAAUUGUCCCGUCGGCUCAUCCUAACCGUCCCGCUCCGCAGAUCUUCGACGGUCACGGCGGCGACGCGGCGGCGCAGUUCGCGCGGCAGAAGCUGCUGGGCCACGUGCUGCGCGACGCGGCGUUCCCGCUGCACGUCGGCAGCGCGCUCAGAAACGCGUUCCUGCGGACGGACCGCGAGCUGGAGACGGCGCGCACGGCGGAGGGGCACGCCAUGGACUCGGGCACCACUGCGCUCGCCGUGCUGCUGCUGGGCAGGUCGCUGUACGUAGCAAACGCGGGGGACUGCCGGGCGGUGCUGUGCCGCAGGGGGCAGGCGGUGGAGCUGUCGCGGGACCACCGCGCUGUCUGCCAGCACGAGCGCGCGCGCGUGGAGCGGGCGGGCGGGUGGGUGGUGGACGACUAUUUGAACGACCAGCUGGCUGUCACCAGGGCGCUGGGCGACUGGCACAUUGAGGGCCUCAAGACCCGCCGCUCCUCUGCGGCCGCUGCAGCUGAUUCAGCCGGUUCAGCUGGUGCAGCUGGUGCUAUAGAUGCUGCUACAAGUGGUGCUACAAGUGGUGCUACAGGUGCUGCUACAGAUGUUGCUACUGAUACGGCAGGUGGCAGUCAUGCUCCAGGCAGCAGUGAAGCGGACGCUGCUGUAAGAAGUGCCAGUAGCGCCACCUGUACAGGCCCUACAGCAGCGAUGGCGUCGCUACCAUCCCCUGGUAGCGACAGCGACAGUGACGUUAUAGAGGGGCCGCUUAUAGCGGACCCAGAGGUGCACGAGGCGCAUCUGUCGAACCCCGAGGACGAGUUUCUGGUGCUGGCGUGUGACGGGCUGUGGGACGCGUUCAACAAUGAGGGCGGCGGCAGCAAGGAGGUCGUGGCGUUCGCUCGCAGGCGACUCAGACUGCACAACGACCCCCAGCAGUGCUCCAAGGAUCUAGUGGAGGAGGCGAUCCGGCGGCACGCGUGUGACAAUGUGACGGUGCUGACGGUGUGCUUCUCACUCGACCCCCCGCCACUGCUGCAACACCAUGAGCUGCUGCACUCGCAGCUUCCUCGCAGCUUCUCAGAGGGCCUCGGAGCUCCUCCCCGUGCGCGCUCCGCGUUCGGUGCUGACGUUUUCCGCCACGAUUUGCCAGAGCUGCCGGAUCUCGACAACCUCUUCGCGCCAGAAUCCGUCAUCGCCGAGGCGCAGGAGCGCGCAGCGAGAGUAUUCGGCGCGUCGGAGACCCGUUUCUUAGUCAACGGCAGCACUGUGGGCGUGCAGGCGGCCAUAGUAGCCUGUUGCCGACCCGGCGACGUCCUUAUUCUCCCUCGCAACGCUCAUCAAUGCGCAUUUUCCGGUAUGGUGCUAUCAGGAGCCGUGCCGCACUAUAUCCUCCCUGUGACCGAUAAUUCUUGGGGUAUUGCUCACGGAGUUACCCUGGAGAGCGUUACAGAGGCAUUACGCCACGUGGCUGCUACUGGAGCGCGAAUAGGAGCUGUUCUGGUGGUUUCCCCGACCUAUUACGGGGUAUGCAGCGACAUCAGGGGAAUCGCCCAGGCGUGCCACGAGGCAGGCGCGCCAUUGAUAGUAGACGAGGCUCACGGGGCGCACUUUAAGUUCCACAGCGCGCUCCCAGAGACGGCGCUAGAUGCGGGGGCGUACAUAGUGGUGCAGUCGACGCACAAGGUGCUGGGAUCGCUCACUCAGUCCGCCAUGCUGCAUAUCGGCCAUGGGGAUUCAGGCUCGUCGGCUGAGAAUGUGGGUGAAGCCGCAUUACCACAAUCGCCAGAAACACCAUUGCAGUCAGCAGUACCACCACCUUCAGCAGCAGCGCCACAGCCAGAAGUACCACUGCCGCCAUCACCCCGUGUGAGCCCACGAGACGUGGCGCGAGCGCUGCAGCUGCUGCAGUCAUCGUCGCCCUCCUACCUGCUCCUCGCGUCCCUCGACGCCACCACCGGCCAUGUCGCCCGCCCCUCUUUCCCCUCCGCCCUCGCUCACGCCCUCCACCUCGCCACCCGCCUGCGCUCCUCCCUGCUUGCGCUCAACCUGCGAGUCCUCCUCAGCCCAGCCCAACCCUCGAGAAGCCAUAAACAGCCCGAGAGGCAUGCAGGGUUUGACCCGCUGCGGGUGACGGUGAGCGUGAGGGAGCUGGGGCUGACAGGGUACGAGGCUGAUGAUGUGCUGAGGCUGCAGCAUGGGGUGGUGGCAGAGCUGCCCUUCCUGCAUGGCCUCAUGUUUGCUGUCAGCACUGGCAGCACUGAGAGCGAUGUGGACCGUGUUGUUGCUGCAUUCGCUGCCAUGGUGGAGGAGAGAGGAGUUAGUGAGUGUGUGGAUGGAGUGGAGUGGGAGGAGGGCAAAGUAAAGCUAGAAGAAGUGUUGUUUCCGGUUGCGCCACCGACUAGCAAUGGGACUUCAGUGUGCUGCCCGCAAUUACCCCCACGGGAUGCGUUUUUCUUGCACAGUGAGGUUGUGCCAGCUCAGCAGGCGGUGGGGCGCUACAGUGCAGACAUGCUGUGCCCGUACCCGCCUGGAAUCCCUGUGUUGCUGCCGGGGGAGGUGGUCACUGCAGAGGCACUGAAACUGCUGCAGAGAGUUCUGAGUCUAGGAGGCUCUGUGUCUGGCCUGCCCUCAGAAAGCCUAGACGCCAUACGCGUUAUUGGAUGA